AUGUCAACAAGGAAAACAUUUCAAAAGAUGAAAAAGAAGAAGCAUUACAAAAACUUCGAAUCAACCGAAUUAUUACAAAAUAAACACAAGGUUGUAACUUUGCAGAAUGCAAGUGACCAAAUCUUGGAGUUUCAAACAAAAAUAACUGAAAAAUUGCACGAGGAGCCAAUUAUUGAGAACAAUAAGGAUGAAAUUACUGCCAGUAAAAACAAACUUAAACAAGUCAAGAGGAAUCGCACUGAUGACGAAUACAACAAUGUAAUACAUAUCAAACGCAUAAGACCCUUUAUACCCGUUGAAUUAGAUAGUGAAGAAUUAUGA